AGACUAAGAAGUUUCAAAAUGCUCCAACUGUCCAGGAGACGAGGGCCAGGAUGUUUAUGUUUAACACAGGAACAAAUCGAAUCAAUUCAAUUCACUCGGAGGCAAAUACAAAGCAUUUUAUAUCUGAAGAAUUCUGAAGGUUAUACUGGAUGCAAAUCAGCUAAAAAAGGAAUUAUUCAGCAACAUUCCCAAGACUUGCCUAAUUCAACGCAGCUUUUUAAAAUAUGAACGGAAAAUGCUGCGAGCAUCUGUUGUCACAUAACCUGAGCUGAGUCACUUGAUCAUGGGACAGUGCAUUAGCGUCCCGAAUCGAAAAUUGUCACUAAUGCGCGAAGGAUCUACAAAGCGUUUUUACCGUUCUAAGAAUGGUAAUUUAAGUGCCACUUUUCAUGUUUUGGAUUCCGAUCAGAGAUGGGAUUUGUUGAAUAUAAAUAGUGCCACGGAAGAGCAAUUGAUGACUUUGCCUGGAAUCAAUCGUGUUACUGCAGAAAAUAUAGUCGAGUAUCGCCAAAGAAUUGGUGGAUUUAAAAAAGUAGAAGAUUUAGCUUUGGUGUCUGGAGUAGGUGCUACUAAACUAGAACAGUUUAGGACUGAAAUCUGUGUUGCACGCCGUAAAGGCAAUGGAAGCUACAACUCUUCCGUAACACAAUCAUUAGAGUCAUUAACAACAAAUGAAAUAGGUGCACGUUCCUCACCUUCUAAACUUGUGAAUGUAAAUACCGCGAAUGUCUUUCAAUUAAUGAGUGUUUGCCGUAUGACUCAAGAGAUGGCUGCAAAUAUUGUGCACUACAGAGAGCGUAAAGGCCCUUUUAAAACUUUAGAUGAUUUAUCCAAAGUGAAAGGACUACCUCCAGACAGAUUAGCAAUUGUAAAAAUGUAUCUUACUGUAGAUUCAUCAAAAGUAAAUUAUUCUUCAUCUUUAAAUAGCAAAAUAUCUCAAAAUUGUGUAUACGGUCGACGUCCAGUUGGCCAUCGCAGAACAAACUCUGCUCCAAGUGGGUUAGAGAAAACACGUUCCUGUGACCCUAGUACAAAAGACUUCUAUGAACUAGUCUCCUCUCUUGUAACAAGGCCUCCUGUAAGUGAAGUUUUUAAUUUUAAUUACAUAGGACGACAAGUUUUAAGGUUAGCCUCCUGGAAUUUGCAAGAAUUUGUGGUGGAAAAAGCCAAAAAUCCUGGUGUUCAAGAAGUCAUGUGUAGAACUAUUUUGGAAAAUGGUUUCAGUUUAGUUGCUGUGCAAGAAGUUGCAUCUCGUGAAGCUCUUUCAUUGAUUGCUUCUGAAUUAAAUGAACCCAAGUUAUACCCCAUUCAAGAAUGGAAACGAGAUCGUGGUAAAUGGCAUAGCUUAGUUCCUUCUAUCCAGAAUAAUGGUGAUAAUUCUCAUAAAAAGACACUUAUGAAUGGAUUUCUGUAUGACACAAGCCGUGGCUUACAGUUACAAGAAUCCACAGUAUUGUAUAUACCUCCAGAGAAACUUGUGGGUCUUUCCGUAACAUGUCAACCUUUUCUUGGGUCUUUUAAAGUUGAAAAUAUGGAUUUUACUGUUGUCACUUUUAGUUUAAUAUCUGAAAGCUGUGUAAUCAAGUUAUUACCUUCCAUAUUAGAACAACUGAAAGAAAGAAUACAAGGAAAUAAGAAUGUCUUCCUCAUUGGAGACUUCAUCUUACCUCCUGGUCAUACUGUGUUUGAAGUGCUGAAUAGUCAAGGCUAUACCAAUUUAAUACCCAUUGAAACUUCAGUAAAUAAUGGCAAUUGGCAAGAAGAAAGUCACAUAUGGUCUAGCAUGAAUGUUCGAAAAAUAUAUACCGGUCAAAGUGGUGUAGUUUCUGAAGGCCUUAGUCAUUUAGCAAUCCCUGAUGGCUGGAAAUGGGGUGGCUCUGUCAGCAAGCAUUGUCCGGUGUGGGCCGAAAUGUUUCGUGAUGAGGAUGCUACUAGUUCUGCAGUAGAGACUUUGUCAAAUGGCAUAACUAAAACACCAUACACCAACUCUGAAAUUAUGGAUGAAAGCAUCAAUGCACUAAAUGAAUCAAACAAAGAAAAGUCUAAAGGAUUUUGGGAACGCAAUUUUACGUGGAGGUAUAAUAAUAAACAAAGUAUCAGUUGUGAAAAAAGCAAUAACAUCAAUAAAGAGAAUGGAAGUCUGUGAUGUGUAAGAUAAAGGACAGUUUAUAAAUUUUCAAUUUUAUUUUAUUGUGAUUGGUGGAUCCAGGUAAUAGUGAAGGAAAGAAUUGAUAUUUUAAAAAACUAGCAUUUUAAUAUUGUGCUGCAAAAUGCAUUUUACUUACAUCUACAUUUAUUGGACAGUUUCUGUAUAUUUAUUGGAUAUGUAUGUUUUACAUAAUAUUUCAAAUAUGUCAUAUUUUGUUAAAAUUCAUGAAAGCGCCCACAUCUGUUUUAAAUAAAUGUUAAAUUGAAAAAAGAGAAAAUUUUUAAAAUAGUGAUGUGUGAAUUUUGCGUGUGAGAUUUCUAAAAUAUGCAUCCCGUACAAAUUAUGUUUUGCUUAAAAGAUGAGAUUUCAUACUUUAAAAAAAUCUUUACCUCAAGGUAACUAAAAUAUAGCUAUUAUUUGUUGCAUAACUUUUAAUGUAAAAAUAUAAUUUCACAAACUAAUAACCUUUACCUAAUUUUGUAACCGUAAUUUUAUUUUGAUAUUGUCUCAGGUAAAAAUAAAGGAAAGUUAUGAAAGAAUGAAUGAUAUCACAAAGAAACUCUUGCUUGUUUUCCAUUGAUUAAAAUUAAAAACAGUGAGUGUUUUAGAGAGAAAAUUAAGUGUAAUGUAUUUUUUUGCAUACUAUUAAAUUUAUAUAUCUAUAUAUAUUACACAUUUUUAAUCUUCAGUUUUUAAAUCAUCACUGGUAGUUAUAAUGGUUUAUAUGACUGAAAUAUUGAUGAAUAUAGUCUUAAUCGAGUUAUGACUUUUAUUGCACAGUUUUGUGUUUUAUGCCUUAUUUGAGAAAAAUAUUAUUAGGUCUGUUAGUAAAUACUGUCAUAAGUUUAUGUAAUGCAAUUAAGCAUGUGGGAACUUUCUCAUAGUUCUGUUAUGAUAGAUUAAAUUGAAUUAAGAAAUUUUAUUUAGCUUCUUUCUUUCAACUGGAUCUGCUUAUGCUCAUAGUCAGUACUUAAUAUUUUAGAUUUUGAGAUUUUAUUUGAAUGUUAGAAAUUUGAUUAAGUUUUAUUGAUGUUUGAUCAUAAUUAUAUUUGAUUUAUAUAUUAUCCAUUGACCUAAAUUUUCCUAAUGUGGCAUUCCUUGGUCUGUUUGUUCAAGUGAAAAGAUUUUAACUGUUAUAAAAUUAUGUACUGUCUUAUUACUAAGCCAUAUUUAGGUUAUUUAUUUAUUACUACUCUGUGUGUCAUCUGAGAACAGAAGUUGUUAUUCAGCAUUUGCACUUUGUUCUCUAUCUCAUAUUUAUUUGUCUUUGUCUUCCAUAUUUCAAACGCAGUUGCUUUAAUUGCUCAUAAGUUAUAUAUCUUCCAUAUAGAUCAAAUUUCAUUCAUUAGUCAUUAAAGCAUUUGAGUAACUAUUAUGAAUGUUGUAAAAUUCAUGUUUAUAUAUAUAUUCUGCUUCAAUUAUCUGUUGUGUUCCCCCCCUCCAUCAAAGUUUGAUAAAGUCUUUCUAUGUUGCUGAUUUCCCUAGGUUUUGAUUUUGUUCUAUAUUAUGUAAAUAUUCUGGUCAGUGAUAUACAUUGCUCAUUUUUUAAGGACUGAAUCAUUAGUUAUUGGUAUUAAGAAUGCUAAUAAUCUUUUAUUUUCUAAACUGGUGUUUUGUGCAAAAAAAGUAUUCUGAAAAUAAAAUUCAUAUUCAAUUUUUUACUGGUAUAGCUGCAUUUUAAGUAAUAUCAUAUGAUAAUAUUUAAAUGAUAUGAAAUGCUUUGAAGUAAAAUUGCAUCAUAAUAUUUUACAAAGGAUUAUUUAUUCUUUCUCAUAAAAAUCUGCUAAACAAAAAUGUUAAGAAUUAAUUUUCAGUUACAUUUCUGAUGAUUGAUACAUACAUGGAUUUGUGAUUUUUAUCUACCUGUGUUAAUAUGUAUAAUUAAUAUAAUUUUUCCCAUUAUUUUACUUGUGAAAUAAUUAUCAACUAAUUAUUUAUUGAAAUUUUGAAAUUCAUAUAUUUAAUUUGAGCUCAUGGAGUAUAAGCCAUUAAUUGCUCUUUAACCAUUGCAUUUACUCAACUUAAAGUAAAUAAUAUUUUUUUUUUUCAUUUGCCUUAAUGAAUUCAUAUGUGGUUUAGUGUAAUAAAUACUGAAAUUUGGUGAAUGUGAUGGCUGUAUCAAAGUUACAUUAUUGCUGGUAUUGUAUAUGUGCAGAAAUAUCAGUUAUCUUUGUUCCCAUUAUUUAUCAUAAUAUAUUUUUAGUCAAAACUAAAUGAGAAGUUUCAUAUUUUCUUUUGUAACUUUUUUUCGUAAAUUUUACAAGUAUUUGAAAAAUUAAAUCAUCUUAAAUAGCUUCCUAUUAUUUUUUUUCUAAUUUAAAAUUGUGUCGAAAUAUGUGAAAAUUUGUAUUGAAUAAAGUUAGUCUGUGGAAGUUCUGCCAGAUCAGCUUUAGUUUUACUUUUUUCGUAAGUGUUAUGUAUAUAUACACUAUAACAUUUCACAGCAACUCUCUUUUUAAGAUGAACACCUAUCAAAGUGAUGAGUAUUUCUGAAAAUAAUAUUAAAUAAUUGCAUUGAGCAUUAUCUAGAACACUGGAUGAUUAUUUUAGAAAAACUUUUCUUGUUUUGAAAUGUUAAUAAGUUAUUUCUCUCAAAUUUUUUAUCUACUUGUUGAAUUAUCUUAAUUUGGUAGUUAUAAAAAGUUUUUAGAUUUAGUUAAUAAAACCAGUGGUAAAGAAAGUUUUUGUUUGUUACAUUGUCUUUCAGAACUUAGAUCUUGACUAUUUUUAUAUAUCUUCCAUGAAUAUAAUUCAGUAUUUUUACCAAUUAAGUUUAAUCCAGUUUCCAUCCCUCCCUAAACAGUUUACAUGCAUUGUAUUUCUCCAAAUGAAAGUGAAUAUCAAUGAAAAAUGUGAUAAACUUGUAUAAACCUUCUUUACAAAAUCAUUUGAGUGAUACAAUUGUGCAUUAGCUUUUGAAAUAAGAAAUUUAACUUUACUCAACAUUAUGUAUUAUUUUUGUUAAAUUCUUUUAUUUGUGAAUAAUUUUUUUUUGUAGUGUGUGGAAAAUAAAAUUUUAUUACACUUA